AGGGGGUUAUAAACCUCCGCAACCGUGAAGCAUGCCUUCCAGAACAUUCAGACUGUUUACCGAAGAGCUGCGAUCUCGUCAGAUAUCGUAUCCGAUAUAUUGAUAUCUUAGAACUGCUUCUAAAUACUUUAAUAUAAAGUUUAUCAUGGCUCUUCCAAUACCUAAAUCUCUUUUACAGUCAAUGAUGAAGGAAGGUGCAAAGUCAUAUAGGGGACUUGAAGAAGCAGUGUACAGGAAUAUAAGUGCUUGUCAGGAGCUUACUAAAAUAUUACGUUCUUCUUAUGGACCAAAUGGAAUGAAUAAAAUGGUCAUCAACCAUCUUGACAAACUUUUUGUUACUAGUGAUGCUGCUACACUAUUAAAAGAGCUUGAGGUACAACACCCAGCUGCUAAGUUACUUUUAUUUGCUUCACAAAUGCAAGAACAAGAGAUAGGAGAUGGGACUAAUUGGGUUCUUAUAUUUGCAGGUGCAUUGUUGGGAAGUGCUGAAGAACUUCUAAAAAUGGGUAUGUCUCCUGCUGAAGUAAUUGAAGGAUAUGAAAUGGCAUGUAAAAAAGCUUUAGAAAUUUUACCCGACUUAGUCAGUUAUACUGUAACUAACCUAAGAGAUGUUAAAGAAGUAGCAAGCGCUAUAAAACCAGUUUUGUCAAGUAAACAGUAUGGAAAUGACAGUUUCUUAUCAGAUCUGAUUGCCAGAGCUUGCUUAAUGGUUUACCCCCAAAGUGGUCAUUUUAAUGUAGAUAAUGUUCGUGUUCAAAAAAUCAUGGGUGCAGGCGUUUUUUCAUCAGAUAUUGUUCAUGGAAUGGUAUUUAAACGCAAUGUAGAAGGAAAUGUAACAAAAGUAAAAGAUGCUAAGAUUUGUGUUCUUUCUUGCCCGUUAGACUCAAUGGCAACUGAAACUAAGGGUACAGUACUUAUUAAAAAUGCUGAAGAAUUAAUGGACUUUAGUAAAGGAGAAGAAAAUUUACUAGAAGCUCAAAUAAAAUCAAUAGCAGACACUGGCUGUAAUGUUAUUGUAACUGGUGGUAAAGCAGCUGAUAUGGCUGUUCAUUUUUGUAACAAGUAUAACAUUAUGGUAGUUCGACUUCUUUCAAAGUUUGAUUUAAGGAGGUUGUGUAAAGCUAUUCAAGCUACUGCACUUCCUUUAAUGACUCCCCCUACACCUGAAGAAGCUGGUCGAUGUGAUGAUGUCUUUUUAUCUGAAAUUGGAGAUACACCUGUUGUUGUAUUCAAACAAGAUCGUGAAGACAAUGCUGUUGCUACUAUUGUCAUUCGAGGUGCAACUGCCAAUGUAAUGGAUGACAUUGAAAGAGCAAUUGAUGAUGGGGUCAAUUGUUUUAAAUCUUUGACCAGAGAUGCCCGCAUGGUACCUGGUGCAGGAGCUGUUGAAAUAGAACUUGCACAACGAUUAGCUAGCUAUGGGCAGACCAUACCCGGUUUGGAGCAAUAUGCUAUUAAAAAGUUUGCUGAAGCAUUUGAAGUUGUGCCGCGUACUAUGGCUGAAAACGCGGGUAUUAAAGCUACUGAGUUAGUUUCAAAUUUAUAUGCUGCCCAUGCCUCUGGAGGAAAAAACAUUGGCUUUGACAUUGAGGGUGAAAAUGCUGCAACAAUUGAUGUUCAGGAAGCAAAAAUAUUAGAUUCAUUCUUAGUAAAAUAUUGGGCAUUAAAGUUUUCAAGUAAUGCUGCUUGUACAGUACUUCGAGUAGAUCAGAUAAUUAUGGCAAAACAAGCUGGCGGACCAAAAGCAAAGGAGAACCCUGAUUGGGAUGAAGAUUAAAUCAGUUCAAAGAAGUCAACUCGAUGGUUUUGAUUAAAAAAAGUCCUAUUGCCCAAAGCUCCUAACUUUUAUUGUCAUGACCAACAUCGUCAGCCUAGUCUUAAAUUCUUGAGUUACUCGUUGCCACAGAAUAUUUUAGGCUACCAAUAGAUAUUUGUUUUUAUAUCAACAAAUUAAAAGUGAA